AUGGCUUCGGACAUUUUGAGGUCCGACAAUGGCCCGCAGUACAGCUCACUAGAGUUCCUGCAAUUUAGGAGCAGUUGGGGCGUGAGACCUGUGACCUCCAGCCCACAUUACGUGCAAAGUAAUGGCGAAGCUGAGAGAGCUGUCCAGACUGCCAAGAACAUCAUCCGCAAAUCCACGAAAUCCAAGAAGGAAGGCCUUCUUGCCCACAGAGCUACACCUGGACCCGAGGGUUACUCGCCAGCUGAGCUUCUCAUGGGCCGCAAGCUCAAAACAAACGUCCCUACUCUGCCUGGAACACUUGAGCCCAAGUGGGAAUACCAGCAUCAGUUCCGGCAACACAAUGCAGUCAUUCGUGAGCGAGAAGCCAAACACUACAACAGGAGGCAUAAAACAAGAGACAGGCCACCGCUACAGCCAGGUACAGUUGUCCAGAUCAUACAUGGGAGCCAACAACAAGGAAGCAUCGUUGAAGUUUCAAAUGCACCGAGAUCUUAUGUUGCAAACGACCAAAGGAAACGUCCGUCACACAAAAGCACAUCUGCAAGAGGUGCCAGAAGUUGCUACACCAAACCAAGCAGGAACGGGCUAGUCAGAAGAAGCCAACCACACCACCCACAGCGGCCGAGCCAUUAG